AGAAGAAGGCUGCUGUGACUCGCUGCCAGGCUUCAUCCGCCGACCGAGCUAAGAACACGAAAAUGGCGUUCACAUUCGCGGCCUUCUGUUAUAUGCUUGCGCUACUGCUCACGGCUGCACUUAUCUUCUUUGCUAUCUGGCAUAUAAUAGCUUUUGACGAGCUGAAGACGGAUUACAAGAACCCCAUAGAUCAGUGUAACACUUUAAAUCCGACAGUUGAAAGGGUCAAAAAGAUAAAAAGAAUCAAAAUUGCACUGAAGCUGGUGCUGCCCGAGUAUCUCAUCCACUUCUUCUUCUGCGUGAUGUUCUUCUGCGCGGCCGAGUGGCUCACCCUCUGUCUCAAUAUGCCGCUGCUGGCCUACCAUGUCUGGAGGUACAUGAGCCGACCCGUGAUGAGCUGCCCAGGACUCUACGACCCCACCACCAUCAUGAACGCCGACAUCCUGGCCUACUGUCAGAAGGAGGGCUGGUGCAAGCUGGCCUUCUACCUCCUUUCCUUCUUCUACUAUCUCUACGGCAUGAUCUACGUCCUGGUCAGCUCUUAGGCGACGUGCUGGGUGGAGGAGCCGCUCCCAGGACACCCAUCUGCUGCGCCUCACACACACACACGUGUGGACGGACUGCCCACGCCCCUCAACACUCACAUGGACGAACGGUGCCAGACUUCUUCGUCCAGCGGCAUCAUCGCUCCGCACUGUAGCUAGGAUUUUAAGGAAACACCCGUUUUGUUUUUCAAAUGUGGUUUUGUUGCUUCGUGUAUGAAUAAAGUUUUGUCAUCUUUUUU